UAGGAUCAAGUUAAGUAUGGCUUCUCAUGUGGUUUCACUUACCUCUUUCUUCCUACUUAUAUUUUGCAUGCAUUUCUCAAAUGCACGUCUUCUUCUUCAGGUUUCAGAAAAAAAGAGUCAAGUUGGAUCUCUUGUGACCCCAUCUCCUAAAGGCGAAUAUGGUAAAUUAAAUGGACAAGAUAUAAGGAAGAUUGAUCGGGAUUUUAAAGAAGGAAGUGAAAUUGUUGAAUCUUCUUCCUCUCAUCAUGUGGCUUUGCUAAAGGGAAAACAUUUUAAGGAUACAAAACUGUCUUCUUUACCUCAAUAUUUUGAAAAAGAAGAGGUCGUCGAUCCAAGGAAUGAUGAUGUUGUGGUGAUGGACUAUCAUUUACCUCAAAGGAAGACGCCGAUUCAUAACAAAUGAGUCAAUUGUUUUGUUUUGUAUACAUGUUCAUGUAUACAACACAUAUAUAGGCAUUUAAUACAUUUUUAAGUAGACGGCUGCAAGUGAUAUAAUGCAAUUAUAUGUUUUGUUUGAUAGGUAUAGUGAAAGUUAGAAUGAGAUUCAAGUAUACGGUUAUGUAACCACCUUAUGUAUCAUCAAAUCAACCUUAAUAUAAAUCUUAACAACUUUAAUUUGGAACAA